AUGAGCUAUAAUACAAAACUUAUUUCUGGUUUUUACUACCAACAGUUUCCUAUAACAGGAAAAGGUGUCAUACAAGGAAUGUCUAUUCCAUUGACAUUAAGCACACCAAUCUUAUAUAUUGUUUCAAACUUAGGUUCAAAGUGUUAUUCGAAUGUCGACAGAAACUAUUAUGACCAAAAGAUACUUAUGCGUAUAAACAAUACUUUCUCUGCUGGUUUGCCUAUUGUUCAUUCGAAUGCAGAAUUUUCAACCUUAGUGAACUCAAACACUUUGGCAAGUAUAACGUUGACAUUAGUUGACGCAAACUUUGUUCCUGUAAAACUUUUAUGUCCUAUGUAUUUGUCAAUGACGGCAGAAAGUUUCGAAUUGGAAGAUGCAACUGGUGAAAGUAUUGUAUUACAAGAACAACUUCAACAACAAAUAGCUCAAGAACAACAAAUGCAACAAAUGCAACAACAAAGUCAAGAAUAA